GGGUCAACCGGUCACGCUUAGCCACCACCGGCCAAAACACCAAUACCAAUUCUCCCGUUCCAUUCUCACUUCGACGGCUUCGAUUCAUUCGAUUUCUUGCAUUGUCAUGGACGCCCCUUUUCGAUGAAGAACAAACUCCAUCAUAAAUUCGAUCGAUUUGGAUGCCCCUUUUCGACCAGUGGUCGAAUUCGCAUCGUCGUGGGAGGGUCGUAGGUAAAAAAAAAAAACCCUACUUUUAUUGGUUCCAAAAACCCUAGAUUUUGCUCUGUUGUUGAAAUCUCUGCGUGGAGACUCUCCAUCGGAGCGCACGAAACCCUAGGUUUCCUGGCCACCGGGUUUUGCGGUCAAGAAGCUAGAGGCGGAGAUGAUUUUCCUACUUCAAGCCCCUGCCAGGAGCGGGCGACUGACUUCAUCUUCAUGAAGUUGGACGAGCACGAGAACAAGGAGCUUAUCAAGUAUGGGUUCCCCGAAGAUAGAACAGUCUGCAGCAGAUAUCAGGAAUCCUGAAUGGACAAAGGUUUCUCUCGAGGGUGUCAGAUCAUUAUAAAAAUAGGUUUGUUUGUCUGUUUACUAGAUAAUUUGAAGAAGUGACAAGUGAGCACUUUCACAUAAUUAUUUUGUUGUCUAGAAUGAGUUGAAUCUGCCAUUGUCAAUGUUUUUCAUCUAAAAUGUGGUCUGGUCAAAUAUUUUUGCAUGCUUUUAACAAUUUUUUUGGGCAAUGAGGCUUGUUCCACUGUUAUUAAAUGAAAGCAUCAUAAAUUUUUAAUUUUCUUUGUUGCACUUGUGAGAGAAGCUGUCGAUGCAGCAGAAAGAGCAGAGAGGAAGGCCCAGUUAAGAAAUGAAGUCCCUUAUUUGCCUACCGAAAACAUGAGGUUAUGAAGCAGAUGGAUGUGCAAAGUUCAGAAAUGAUAAAGAUAUUCAAGACAUGUAGUCUCCUUAUGAGAAAGAAUAGCAGGAACAAGUUUGAAGUAAUUCAUGUCCAGUUUUCAGUCACCAACUAUGCUUAUAGUUUCAUGACAAGGUUCAUUUACAUCAGUAGGUUGUCUUAUCUGAUCUUCUAACAUUAGUCAAGUAUCAUAAGAAGGUUGUGAAUCCAUCGGAAUCUUUGUCGAUUGUUUUGAACAGCCUUCUUCCGCUAAGUUUGUUCCCCAUCAGUCCCUGCUUUUAUUAAGGAAAAGCUUGCUAUAAACUUGAGUUUCAAGGUGGGCGAACUUUUGUCUCUGAAAGCCUUGGUUUAGAUGGUCUUGCAGAAAAAUAGGAAAGAAACGUAGAGGCUCAAAAGGAAAAACAGGCAGGGAUGAGGAGCUACAAGAGUUUGAUGUUCCAGAGAAGAUGACGACAUCUAAUGAACAACUUGCUUCCACUAGUAAAUCCCUGCAAGAACUUGAAGAUGACACAACUUCAUGUGAGCAUCAUACAAGUUAUCUGAUGGUUGGUAAAGAUGGUCAAGCUUUCAAGAAUCUGCUUGAUGACAAUGCCUCGUAUCCAGAAGUCAAUCUGAGCCUGCAUGUUGCUUGGGUUUGGGAAAAAAAAAUUCUAUAUGCUGACUGCAGAGAACAUACUGUGGCAAGACUUGGCUUCAUAUUGGCAUGCAGCAUUGUUAAUGUUCACAGGCAAGAAAAAAUUUAAUUGAAAUAGCAUGAGAACAGAGAUUUUUCGGAACAGUGGAAUGGGAGAUUGGAAGUCAGAUUCUUAGCUAACUCCAUCAUUUGAGUACUGCAACUUAAACAUUGUUGCAUUUUAGUUAGGAUUGAAUUUUACUUGGUGAUAUUUGGAGAUUACAAAUGUAAACUGCCAACCAGUCAGAUUAGAAGUGUGAAGAAAACCUAGUUGUGCUUUCCUUUCUAACCUGUAUGAUAGAGAUGAAGUUUUGGAUUGGUUCCUUGUUUAGAAGAUAUCAUUCAUCGUGGAAAUAGCAGCUUCAACCUUGAUUUGUGUAGGGGGGAGUCCUCUGUCUUCAUUAAGGAUGCAGCAUCACUUGAGGCAUCGGCUUUAUCAUCUGGCAUAAAUACCACCUCUUUUGCCAUCACAAUCUUCUCAUGCAUACAAAUGGUGAAAGAGACCCGCCGUCGUGAUACCCAGAUCGAGCUGGCACGCGGUCUGCACCGGCCUGAUUCGCCACCGCUAGAGACCAAAAGCCACGUCUUUGCUUGAAUUAGAGAUAAUAGCAGUGACAACGCCAUGACUCAGCGGUCUUACCAGAGGAGAGACAGAGAAGAAGCCAGACUGGUUCUCCCCUCAUCGUGUCAGCAUACAUUAAAUAGCAGAAAUGAGAGAGAGAGAGAGAGAGCUCACAUCCAAAGCAUCCUUCUAUUUGGAUUAAUUCCGAAGCGAUAGAGAAGUAGAACGUAGAGACGACAAGGAUAAGAGCAGAAUGUUGGAAGGAAGGGCAAUAAUCCAGGACACAGACAUGCCUGUGAAGAUGCAGCUGCAAGCCAUGUCCUGUGCCUACGAAGCUCUUGACCUCUUUGAUGUCCUUGACUGCACCGGAAUAGCUGCUCACAUCAAAAAGGAAUUUGAUGUGAGGUAUGGCCCUGGAUGGCAAUGCGUGGUGGGAUCCAAGUUUGGGUGCUUCUUCACCCACAGAAAGGGCACCUUCGUCUACUUCUGCCUGGAGAGACUCAACUUCCUCAUCUUCAAAGGACCUUCUGCUAUGUCAACUCCAACCACAAACGCAAAAUAGCUCCCAACUAUGACCUCCAGAUACAUUCUUCGGUUGUUCUUUGCUCUUUCUGACUCCUCGUACUUCGUCUAACGAAAUAUGGAACAUCUCCAUACUGAUCAACUCCAUGCUUGGCUUUCUGAUCCAAA